UAGCAUGCAGUCCUAAAUUCGCACGCUGUGGCGAAGGUUUCACCCCAGCCUCUGCUAAUGUAGUUGAUAUGUCAUCCGAAAUGUUACUCGAGAGUUAUACAGACAACAGUCAUCGAGAGAAGCAGUGAAGAGCAACAGCUCCAUGCGCUGAGAACGGACAGCGGAAUUUUCAACAGAGUGCACUUGGAAUUCAGAGGGCAACUAGACUGACCCCUCUCUCACUCUCCCUCCCUCCUUCACUCCAGUCUCUCCCUCGUGCAGAGUUUUCCGUCCUGUGUCAGGAUAACAUCCUAACAAGAGCUUUUCUGGCGGUAAGAAACGGCACAAAUGGAAGCAGUUGAGAAAACUCUCACUUACCGAGACAACACCGGACCUUAUAGAAAGCGGCUCCCUAGAAAUAAAGACAAGGACAAGUGCAACCCUAAAACAAAAAGUGACGAAUACAAUUAUGUUGAUUUGAAUAACUUAAUUGAUAUGAAAUCAGAGGUCACAAAAACGGUUAAAGUGGCUUUUACCGGUGACGGAAACCAACUGGCGGUAUUCAAAUGCAACAGUGAUACGUCCGGAGAGAGGAGCCCCAGGAUUCGCGAGAUUGAUGACAAUGUGGAUAAAAUCUAUGAGGUAAAAUCCAAGGACAAGUCAGCAGAUAGGCCUGUAUCGGAAGAUCCCCCCAUGGACACGUCUUUGACAGAAUUGAACAGCAAUGUGGACUUGGAGAAUGACAAUAUGACAGAACUCCAGAGCGAGAUUGUGCCUCGUGAUAAUAAUGUCCCCAGCGAAUGUGAGGAGUUACAAUACACGGACAUGUAUUUGAACAGUAAAUCCGAAUCGGACGACUGUGAGAGCGUAGUAUUAUCGGACCAUUGUGCGCCUGAUACCGUGAUAGACGAAUCGCACUACAUCACAACGCACGAAAUCCAACUGACAGAGCUUGACCAUGAUGUCGAUUAUGAUUUUGGACGGGGAAGCUGUUGGGAUAUUGAGGACGAUAAUCUGGUUUAUUCAUUUGUGGAUUAUGCCUCUUUUGAAAGCGAUGAAACAACAGAGGGGACUUUGAUAGGCCUCGUGGAUGGUAGGAGCCUGGCGAAAGUGAAAAGCAGUAAGGCGCAAUAUAAUAAUGUGCACCAAAGUGUUGCUGGUUGUGCAGUUGUCAGCACUGAGAGUGAGUUUUGUGACUCUGACAAAUGCCCCAGCUCAGAUGAAAGCAUUUGUAAAAACCAAAAUGGUAGUGGGAAUUCGGCGGGGCAAAUUCACCUGUCAAUCAAGACCUCAUCCACAGCGAUAAACGACUAUAACAAUACAAUUGAAAAUGAAAACAUUUGUUAUCAUACCAAGCAUGUGGGAGACAGGAGUCACUUCUUUUUUACAAGCACUGACGCCAGAGCGGAAGCCUUGUGCGAUAGAUCACAAUAUUUUAUCCCAGCCCCGGGACGCCAACACUUUGCAACUAAAUUAAGAGGGAAAGAUGUUAACGAAUAUUCCAGCGGUGCGUCCAGUUCAAUAAGUGAACUGGACGACGCUGAUAAAGAAGUGCGUAAUUUAACCGCAAAAUCAUUUAGGAGUUUAGCAUGUCCCUAUUUCGAUGCUAUACAUUUGAGCACUUCAAGUGAGUCUUCAAUGUCAGAAUAUGGGCUUGGUUUAAACAAGUGGUCAGCUUUCGUUGACCUUAAAUAUGGUAACAUGUCACAGGGCAGAGAGCAAAAUCUAAUCGCCCAAAAGAGUGCAACUGCAACUUUUGAAAUGAGCAAGAACGCAGAGUAUAAGAGUAUAAAUGGUAUUGCCAUAAGCAGUAAGAAAGGUCCCCAAACCAAUAUGUUUUCUUUGAAUACAAAAAUAUCUAAUCCACAACAUGCAUCUUCCUCUACCCAAAACGUAGAGUUUACAGGCCCAUUUGAACCAGGCAGUGAGGUUAUCACUUUGACAAAGACAUUGGAUUUUCGCUGUAAUGUUGAAGCGGGGUCACCUGAACGCGGGAAACCUCCCAAAUAUUCAGAAAAUGCCUCAGGAGUACGUUCCAUGGAUGAAGUUCCCGGCACCUUGCCAGCAGAGCCAGAAUAUGAAGUGAGCUACCAACACAGUGACGCUGGUGAUAGCAUGGAAGGCACACAUAAGAAGGCAAGUUUCGCAUCAAGUCUCUUAAAAAAUGUCAUAUCCAAAAAAAUGCAAUUUGAACAGGAGCGCAAGAUGGAGAGGGGGGAGAUACGGGACACGCAUCCCACGCACUCCCCAUGCUUCCAAUGCAAGGAUCAAGAUGGGGUAAGAGAGAGGGAUACAGAGAAAGGCGUGCAUAGUCAAACCUCAGAAUCGGGUUCGGGAUACACAAGCAAUUCUUCUGAUGAACAAGGGGCUGUGGACCUUAGACCUAAUUCUUGUGACCCCAAAGAAGAGCUCACUGAGGCAUUAGAAAGCUUUCAGACUAUACAUGAGGCACGAUUAGAUUUUCAAAAGAAUGCAUGCGAGCCCACAAGAGGAUCCCUGAGCCAUAGCCAAAACAGCGCAUUCAAAUCAUGGAGGGAUGGUGAGCCAGAGCCCCAAGAGAAACAUGAAAUUCGUACCAUUUUAGAUGGGACACCCUCUACAACAGAUUAUACGGGGGAAAGGGCGUUAGACUCCAGAGUCGUAAGUAGCAAGCUAACUAAAUUGUCACACUUGUUUGUUCCAAGUUCCCAACUUCUCCCCAAAGAAAAUAAAUUGAAAGAAAAGGUGUCAGACAGUACUUUAGUCGGUGUGCAAAAAGAUCAACGGGGGUACGGGGAGAGAACGUUUAGACCUGACAACAAUGCAGGAAUCGUGAAAGGGUCAAAGGCACCCGAGAUAAAAAUACGUCUGAGGAGCGUAAAAGAAAACAAAUGCAAUCCGCUAAAUAUUGACAAAUUGUUAACCCCUAAUAUAAGUUAUCCAAUAAAGUCAGCAGUUGACUCCAAAUGUCAGGUGCUGCCAGCGUCAGACAGAGUGCCACACUUUACGGUUAGGGAUAUAAGGGACAAUAAGUGCAAGUUUCAGACGCCAAUUCAUCAGGUUAGAGACGUGCGUAAAUUGGUCAAGAGUUCAUAUCGUUUAGUCUCAGUGGAAAACAGCGAGAGUAAAGGCGCAGCCGCCUCUGCUGCUGCCUCAUUACGAGAAGAUAAUAAAGGUUCUAAGAAAGAACCCGAUAAGAAAUCGCCUCCCUCUUCAAUUGUAAUAAAAUGUCAGUCUGUAAAUACAAAUAGCAGUACUAAACAGCGUGUGCUUGUAACCGAGGCUCCAAAGCGGAGACAAGUUGAGAACGAUAGGUCAUCCCCCAAACCAUCUCCAGAAUGUGCCAAAAAUGAACCCAUGUCGUUGCACAGGGCGACGGGCAGACCUCCAAUUGGCUUCGCAAAACAGCCAAACACAGAUCAGUCCGAGGCUAAACAAAAGCAGGAAAAAAUGGUAGAGGCAGGUGAACGCAAACCGGAGUUGAAAAUACCAAAACAGGUGGCAUUAGAGAAACUAAAGGCUGCCGUUAAAACAAUGGAACAGCUUUAUGUUUUUGACAGAAAUGAAUGGAAGCGCAAGAGCCAGGCUCCCUGGCCUAUUACAGACAGUCAUGUUCUGUCACUUAUUGCUAGAGAGGAGCAUGGUGGCCCCGAGGAGCUAGGUGCAGCAGGUGGCAGGGAGAGGCUUAGUACAGCGAUAAACACAGACAGGUUGCCAGAAACAUGCAACAUUCAAGAAGAGAAAGGUUGUCUAAGAAUAAUCCAUGUCCCAUUAACGGAGGACACCUUUAAAACCCAGUCACAACAAAGUAAGACGUUUAGUAACAAAAGCGUGUUUCAUUUGGCGAACAGCAUGAAGACAGCUGUCAGUAGCAGCAGCUCUAAUAGUUGGAAUGGGCCACAAACCUGUUCUCCAUCACAUGCAACCUCUAUGGUGAAAAGCAUUAGCUCUAAGACCCCGAAAGCUCCACUGUCAUUGAAAAUAUCCUCCCCAAAACGAGCCCCUGUAGACAGGGGAAGGUUCAAAAGCAGCCCCACCACAGAGACUCCACCACAGCCCAUCAAAUCUGGCAACCCAGACUCUGAAAACUACUUAACAAUACCUGUAGAAGGCAGGAGUGUCGGUCAAAUGAAACUGUCCAUUCAAGAGCAGGUAUUCCCAAGCAGCCCUGCCGCCAGUCAACCUGGCAUCACCGACACCAAGAGACACAAGCAUAAUUCUAUCCAGUCCCUCAAACGGUCCCCUGUUGUCAUAGAGACGCGGGCCCCGGACACCGCCACUACCGCCACCAUCUACCACCACUCUCGACCAGUGGUCAAGCAAGGAACGCCCCAGCCGCAGGUGUUCUGCUUCUCCCCCUCUAUUGCCCCCUUGCCCACCACCCCUUCGGGGGGAGACCCCUUCCAGCAUACACAGAGGAAGAUGCUCUUUGAUCCCACCACCGGACAAUACUACCUGGUAGACAUGCCGAUUGAACCAGUCACCCAGUGUCUCUUCCACCCUGAGAUGGGCCAGUAUGUGGACAUGCCCAUGCCUAUGCCUCCGCCACAGCCAGUGACCCCCAUGUCCGUAUCCCCCCUGGCACUGAACCCGGGAGGGAUGUACACACCCACCUACAUGAUCUACCCGGGGUUCCUCUCACCCACACUUGCUGCCCAGACGGUGAUGGCACCACAGGUUGCAACCCACAUGGUGUCCCGAUUAGAGGAAGAGAGUGGGGAGACGGCUCAAGGGAAAUACACCCUGGUGCAGGAGGGUAACAUGAUGGGGGCAGAGAGCCCCUACUACAGUGCAACGGGAGAGUCAGUGCCGGCAUCAGUGCCUGUCACCCAGGGGAGUGCGGUGAUGUCAGAAGGGAAACCAGCGGUCAUCAGCAUCACGUCGCAGCAACGCCCAAGAAUCAUCGCACCGCCCUCCUUUGAUGGGACGACCAUGAGCUUCGUGGUGGAGCACCGGUAACCACUAAGGGAAUAUACACAGAGUGCUUCUUGGGGAGCCUGUCCAGUGAUAAGUAGAUAUUUCAUGGUAAUCUUCUCACACCCUUCUUCGCACCCAGUCCACCAAAUUCCACCUGAACCCACCAUGUUUCCAAGCCCAACCACCUGCCACCAUCACCGCCCCAUCCAACUCUAUCCUGCCGGUGGUCAUUGCAGCAUGUCUGUAUCUGUAAAGCUAUGCCUACUACUUGUUUGUAAGGUAGCUAAUUGCUUUGUAAGACUGCUUUCAGAUCUGUAUUUGGAUUACAGACCAUCCCUUGUGUUCAAAAGCAUUUGGAUUCAGGCACUGCAAUAUUGUGAUUCAAAAGGAAAUAAUGACUGUUUUCCUAUUAAGAUUCAACAUUUUAGACACUUUAUUGGGUCCACAAACAUUGAAUUCAGCAUGUUUUCCUUCCUGUGAAGCAGGAAUUCAGAACAAGAUGUGUUUUGUUUCUCGCAGUUAUUGUUGAAAAAAUAUAUCGCAGCAAACAGUAUCAUUCAUCAUACAGUAGCAUACAAGCUGCUAUAAUUCAUGGGAGAAUAAGUAAAGAUUUCGAUUUAAAUGGAAGGCCCAUAAAAGUCACACGCGCGUGUGUGUGUGCGCGUGCGCGGGUGUGAUUGCCCCAACAAAAAUAUUUAAUCAGUAGACAUAAUCAGUAGACAAUAGACAUCAGUAGACCCUAUUACACCAUACAUUGGAAAACAUUUGCAUUUGCACGUGGGUCAAUUCCAAUUUAAUGCAUCAUAUAAAUUCAAAAUCCAACCCACGAAGGAUUUUUAACAAGGGAUUUUUUUAAUUCUCUGAACUGACGCGUUUCCUUUUUCUCUUGGCUGUUAGGUGACCUGUAGAAGUAGAAUUAUUUUUUCUCUCUCUCUCUGAACUAGCUGCACCCAUUGUUUCCUAAUUUUGCAGGUAAUGGCCACACAGUUAUUGCAUUGUGUGAUUUGAUGUGCUUUUAUUUGACAUUCGUAUGGCACUCUCUUUGUAUGCAAAUAAUAUGAGGAUAGACUUAAGAGAAACACACUGUGUUGCCGAGAAAAGCUGGAGCCCUGGGACCUGCCACAUAUUUAGUGGUUGUUCAGGGUCAGAGGUUGGCUAUAUAGUGUAUUUGGGGCAAACAUUUCCCAAGUAGCUUUAGGCUUAGGGGAGCCAGCUAUAGUUGAGACAUUUUAGGGGAUAACUUCCUCUAUAGGUUUUGGCUAACUUUUACACUCAUGUGUAAGAGGACAAUGAUAUGGUGCCUGUGUGCACUGUAGGUGUUUAGUAAUUGUGAGGCAUUAUGCAUUAUGUGAACAGACAACAGGCUGGCGUGCUACUUCAGCGAUAGAAAGAGGGCAUAGAAGUAGAAUACAGAGAGCUCAGAUAAAUUAGAAAUGCAUCAGUCAAUCAUUCAUUCAUACAUGAGUAUUUUUUAUUUCAGCUUUCACAAUGUUUUGGGUGGUUGCCUACUUGUAAACAGAAAGAGGAAAGGAAUUGUCUUUCCCUUUGAUCCUUUUCUUAAAUGGCAAUUAUUUAAAAAAUAAUGGAUACUGCCAAUUCAUGCCCAUUCUGAAUACUUUUAGAAUAAUUCUGAAUGCCAAUUGUAAAUAAUGCUUAUAUUCAUAUUCAAUCAGGACCAGGGUUGGGUUGAAUUCAAAUUUCAAUUCAGUCAUUUCAGGUUAUGAUUUGAAAUCAAAUUAAAAACACUAAUCUUGUUCUUUCCUUGUGAACAAUUAUGCAGUGCAACAAUAGACGCUCAAGCUUAGUGCAAUGUUGCUUUCUUCAUAUUUGAAUAUGCAUAUUGUAGGUUGCUGUUUUUCUUGUUUUACAAAUUUGAACAUACAUACAAGGUAUGUGGAGCUGCUGGUCAGUCUAUGAACCUGAAUUGUGUAAAAAAAUAUAUUUGAGUUUUCCAUCCGUGACAACAUACUGUAUAAGAAAAGUACCCUGUGAGUUGAUUCCACUGUAGAAGAAAGUAUAGUCACAGUACAACCCACUGGGCCAUGGAUCUAUAACAUUUAAAAAAUGUUCACCUGUUACAAAAGAGUGUAUUAAAUUGACUUAUAGUAUUUCACCUUCAUCAUGCAAACAUUUGGAAUCAAACGUCAAACAUGAUACCUUUCAAAAUGUCAAACCAGAGAAGACAAUGUAUUUUUUAUUUUUUUUGACAUAUCAUUUCUUGUGUUGUUGGUUUUUAUGAAAUGGUUCAUAUACUAUGGUAUGUAAACUGAAUUUCCUUCUUAAGGGUUUGUCAUUGCUGUUGGGCAAUGUGUUGUGCACUUGGCAGGCCAGCUAAAUGAUUUUAUUCACCAACCAAUAGCAGUGCAUACUAUAACAGUUGAAAAUUGGUUGAUAAUGUUUCUUGUCCUUCAAAAGGAAAUUCGUUACACAUUAUCCUGAUGAAUUGUUGAAUACUAGAAUGUAGUCUAAUUUAAUUCUGACACAAAGUAGCACAUUUUUCUGAACAGUACAUUCACACUACUUACAGUGCCUUCAGAAACUAUUGACUUUUCCAACAUUUUUGUUGUGUUACAGCCUGCAUUUGAAAUUGGUUAAAUUGAGGUUUUGUGUCACACACAAUUCCCAAUAAUGUCAAAGUGGAAUAAUGUUUUUAGAAAUGUUUACUAUUUCUUUUUUUCCAAUUGCAUGGGCUCACUCUGUGUGCAAUAACAGUGUUUAAAAUGACUUUUUUAAUGACUACAUCCUCUCUGUACACCACACAUACAAUUUUCUGUAAGGUCCCUCAGUCGAGCAGUGAAUUGGAAACAUAGAUCAUGGAGUUUCCCCAAUACCUCGCCAAGAAGGGCACCUAUUGGUAGAUGGGUAAAAAAAAAUCUGACAUUCAAUAUCCCUUUGAGCAUGGUGAAGUUAUUAAUUACACUUUGGAUGGUGUAUCAAUACACUCAGUCACUACAAAGAUACAGGCUUCCUUCCUAACUCUGUUGCCGGAGAGGAAGGAAACCGGUCAGGGAUUUUUACCAUGAUGCCAAUGGUGACUUUAAAACAGUUACAAGGUUGAAUGGCUGUGAUAGGAUAACAUGGAUAAACAACAUUGUAGUUACUCCACAAUACUAACCUAAUUGACAGAGUGAAAAGAAGGAAGCCUGUACAAAAUAAAAAUAUUCCACUUAAAGUAAUACUUUAAAAAAUGUGGCAAAGCAGUUCACUUUAGGUCCUGAAUACAAAGUGUUAUGUUUGGGGCAAAUCCAAUACAACAUAUUACUAAGUACCCCUUUCCAUCUUUUCAAGCAUAGUGGUGGCUGCAUCGUGGUAUGGGUAUGCUUGCUUUAAGGACUGGGGAGUUUUUCAGGAUAAAAAAGAAACGUAACUGAACUAAGCAAAGGUUCGUUCUGCUUCCCACCAGACACUGGCAGAUGACAAUAACCUAAAACAUAAAGCCAAAACUACACUGGAGUUGCUUACCAAGAAGACAGUGAAUGUUCCAGACUGGCCGAGUUACAGUUUUGACUUAAAUCUACGUCAAAAUCUUUGGCAAGACCUCAAAAUGGUUGUCUAGCAAUGAUUAACAACCAAUUUGACAGAGCUUGAAUACUUUUAAAAAGAAUAAUGGGAACAUGUUGCACAAUCCAGGUGUGGAAACUCACAUAGAAAGACUCACAGCUGUAAUU